GCUCUGCCUCCUGAGAAGAUCUGAGGGGGCAGGGCCUUGCUUCCAGGACAGACCACCCCCCUUCGCCGCGGGGUUCCUCCUGGCUCGCCGCUGGUUCUUCUCUCCACGUUCUGCCUCUUCGUUUGGCGGCUGCCUCGGCGCACCGCGCUCCCGCGCCGGUCCGUCGCGGGGCGCGGCGGGCUGGAGGCGUUGGCACGCUGGCGUGGCCCUCGGCGCCGACAACUGGCAUGCCUCCUGGGGCUUCCACGGCUGGUCGGACUGCUACCUUGGGUUCAACGAUCCUCCUGGCGAGACGCUCCACAGCACGUUGAGCCUGCUCCGGGCUGGCGCGCUGGACGUGGACGCGUUCGUGAGCGUGGUCGGCUCCUUCGUCGCCCUGCAGCUGCUGGUCGCGCUGACGCCGGCCUCGAUCUCCUUCUUCGACAUGAACCCGUGUGCCGUGGAGUGGGCCAAGAUGUUGUGCGAGCUCGUCUGCAUGUCCGAGACGCCGCAGGAAUUCACCUCGCGCCUGUUCGCCCGUGACGUGGCCGCCUUCGAGCAGGAUCACGGGCAGCUCACACGCGUACCUGAACCAGCAGGCGUUCCUGGCGUCCCCCCUCUCCUGGCGGUGGCGCUGGGACACGGAGCAGCGGCUGACGGCCGAGGCCGUGCGGGUGUAUUCGGAAGUGUUGGGCCCCUUCCAGGAGGGCCACAGGCGGCCCGGCUGGAACACGCCCGCGCUGGUGCCGUGACCGUCGCCGGCUCAAGAACUGCACGCGCACCGGCCUGGGUCCGCAGGGGCGGCUUCCCAGCGACGGGAUCGCUUCCUUCCUGUACGGCGAAGGCCUGCUGGCCAGCCGCUGGGCGUUCCAGGAGCGCCCGGCGGAAGCUGCAGGCCACGCCCGUGCGGUGGGCCUCGGGGGUGGACUUCCCGCGGGCCGCGGCGGGGGAGCUGCUGCCGAGGAUGGAGCAGCCGAGCCCGACAGUGGUCGUUGUACAUGAUGGACAGUUCUCCUCCGGCUUCGCUCCGUCCAUGAGCCGCCGGGAGCGCGUGCCGAGUGUGGGCGCGAGGGCCCGGGACGCCUGGUGGUGGUGCAGUCGAUCACGGCCGCGAGGGGGGAGCUCGUGCAGGAGCUGGACGCGCGGGCCGGCCCCGCCUGGCGCAGCCUGUCGAGCUGGGACUCCUCCGCGCUGCUGCCCGCGCACCUGUGCCAGUGGAGCGGCGAGGUGCUCCCGGGGUGCAGGCCCCAGGGCCCGGAGGGCUGCGAGCUGCGCCGGCGGCAUCCGCUGGUGGCCGGGUCGCUGGGGGGCGGUCCACGGGAGCGCCUCCUAGAGGAGCUGACCAACCCGCGGCCAGUGCCGCUUGCGCCGCGGGAGCCACUGGCCGGAUCAUGUGGCCCCGAGCCCCGAGCGCUCGCGUCGGGAGAGGAAAAAGGCUCACGCCAGCAGGAAGUAUGGGACAGCAUGUGCGAGGUCACGGCGCGGCACAAAACGCUCUGACACGG